AGGGACUGUUCACACCCCUCUGUCUGACCUUAGAUAAAACCAACAGCGCUGAGAUCUUGAGCCCUGUGUGUGGCCAGGAAUUAGGCUGAGUUUUUGUGUGUCAUCUCAGCAUUCUCACAAGGAACCUAGUUGGGAUUGUAAUCUCCCCACUUAACAGGUGAGUACAUGGAGGCUGGAGACUGGACUCCAACUGUUCCACAGCAAGCUCCUGGUCACCUUUAUGGGGUUGGUGGUGACUGUUUUUGGACUUCAUUUCCAGGUGAGGGGUAACUCUCACUCCACUUGCCAUCCUGGCCCGACAUCCCUGGAAACCUUGGGUUCUGGCUGAGAGAGAUGGGAUCAUACCAGCCAGUUCCUGGAGAAUCGCUAAGAGCGGAUUCUCCUCUCUUCAGUUUUCCUGGCUUGCUUCUCCCUUCUCCCUGCGACUUCCCCAGUCGACUAGACACUGGGGGACCCCCGGAGCUGCGCCAGCUCUUCAGGAUGGGAAUUUCUUGACGUUCCCUGCCUGUUCUAUGGGGGAAGGCGGAGGGGGGAGUACUUCAAGGGGCCAUCGCGCAAGUGCGGCCUUAGCCUCCGCGCAAACGGCGGGCCUCACCUGGGCGCUGGGACUUGUAGAGGAGGCGCGCCAGGCAGGCUGGACGGGGCAAGUCCCCGCGUCCCUGCCGGCUACGCUGCCCAGUUCCGAGACGACCCCCCGCAAUCCCCUGCGUGCUCGCGGGUGGGCGCUUCUCUCCGCUCCCUGUGACACUUUGCAGACGUUCCCCGGCGCCAGGCAGGGUCGGCCGCUUCCACCGUCGGUCCCUGGGCCGGAUUCCGCGCGCUGGUGGGGGUCCACGGCUCCAGCUUACUUCUCCCCAGAACCUACGUGUCUGGGUCCUCAGCACCUUCAUUCAAGAGGAGUCUGGAGUAUAGGUUCCUUCCUCCCUCAGACCUGGGAGUCCGGGUCCUUUCUCAUUUCCGAGGAGUGAAGCCAGGACUGACCCCACUUGUGGCUGCUGUUUCUGUCCAGUGCCCCUGAGGCGCUCAGCUGCUGGGUCUGCAGGAAGCUUCGUUAUGAAUGACCGAAACAUCCGUAGGUGGACAAUGAAGAAGGACGAGGAGUCUUUGGAGAUCUCCAUCCCCUUUGAUGAGGCACAGCGCCUAGAUUCACAGAUCUUUUACAGCCUCAGCCCCUCCCGGGGGAACUUCGACGAGCCUCCAGAGGCUGCAUCCCCCACACUGGCCCUGAUGAAUGGCGUCAAGGCCCAGCUGCACAUGGCCUUGGAGAGGAACUCCUGGCUGCAGAAGCGCAUUGAGGACCUGGAAGAAGAGAGGGAUUUCUUGCGGUGUCAGCUGGACAAGUUCAUCUCCUCUGCCCGGAUGGACACAGAGGACCACUGCCGGGUGAAGCCUGGGCCCCGGAGGGUUGAGGGGGACAGCAGGGCUGGUGGCGAGGCCUCAGACCCUGAAUCAGCAGCCUCCUCACUCAGCGGGGUGUCUGAAGAAGGCAGUGCCGGCGAGAGGAAGAGGCGGAACCAGAAGGGAAAUGCAGGCCGGAGACGCUUCGGGAAGCCCAAGGCUCGGGAGAGACAGCGGGUGAAGGACGCUGAUGGGGUUCUCUGCCGCUAUAAGAAGAUCCUGGGUACCUUCCAGAAGCUAAAGAGCAUGUCGCGGGCCUUCGAGCACCACCGCGUGGACCGUAACACAGUGGCGCUGACCACGCCCAUCGCAGAGCUGCUCAUCGUGGCCCCGGAGAAGCUGGCCGAGGUGGGCGAGUUCGACCCGUCCAAGGAGCGCCUGCUUGAGUACUCGCGCCGCUGCUUCCUGGCACUGGACGACGAGACGCUCAAGAAGGUUCAGGCCCUCAAGAAGAGCAAGCUGUUGCUGCCUAUUACUUACCGCUUCAAGCGGUGAUGCCCGGCUGGCGCGGCCCUCCCGCCGCCCCGCCCCACCCCACCUGCGGCGGCCCGCUCCCCCAGGGCUGCCACCGCACUCCACGGAGUCAGAGUUAUUCAGAGAAUUUAAAUUAAAGAGGCGUAAAAAAUUUGGAAUAAA